UGGCGGCGGGAAGCGGCGCUGAGGCGGCUUCCGGCGGGCCCUGCCGGCCAUGGCGGCGACGCGGCGGGAGCUGAACCUGCUGCGGCUGCUGAGCCGCUGCGAAGCGCUGGCGGCCGAGCGCCGGGACCCGCAGGAGUGGCGGCUGGAGAAGUACGUGGCCGCUCUCGAAGACAUGCUCCGCGAGCUGAAAAAGCAGGCCAGCAAGCCUGCCCCAGAGCUGCUGAACGAAUACUCUCGCAAAGUGGACUUCCUGAAGGGGCUUUUAGAAGCUGAAAAGUUGUCUUCAUCAACUGAAAAGGCUCUGGCAAAUCAGUUCCUGGCCCCUGGACGUACCCCUACAACAACGAAAGAAAGAACCCCAGCUACUAAAACAGUUCAUCUGCAGACAAAGGCUCGUUGCACGGGCAAGAUGAGGAGUGAGCUGCUUGGUACAGACCCCUUGGCUAUCGAUGAUGCUGAGGAGUUAAAUAUAAGGAAGCGGAAAGGCCUUGCCCCUGAUGAGAGGCAGUCAGCAGUGGAGCUGGAUGCUGUGCUACAGCACCACCAGGACAUGCAGGAGAAGCUGGCUGAAGAAAUGCUGAGCUUGGCUCGCAGCCUCAAAAACAACACUCUGGCUGCCCAGAACGUGAUAAAACAAGAUAACCAGACACUGUCACAUUCCCUCAGGAUGGCAGACCAGAACUUUGAGAAGCUCAAGGAUGAAUCUGACCGCCUUGAACAGCACGCCAAGAAAUCAGUCAACUGGCUGUUAUGGAUAAUGUUGAUUGUAGUUUGUUUUAUAUUCAUCAGCAUGAUUCUCUUUAUCAGAAUUUUCCCCAAACUAAAAUGAUGUUAGUAUUUAUUUUUUUACACCUGCCAGAGUGCAGGUGGGAAGCUCAACUGCUAAAACUCUCAGCAAUCAAAUCUUUUGCCACCUGUCAUGUCCUUAAGGAGGUUGUUCAUGCAUCUCUUCUGUGCAGUCACUGAAGGGUUUGGUGGGGAAGGCUUGGAUACUUGGUUACUUUUUUUACUUAGUAAAUAUUGUUGCCUAUUGAGGGGAGGACAGGGAUAAAAGUGGCUGUUUACCCCAAGCUGCUCACAAGUUCCUCAGUGGAUAGAUGCUGUCCUGUUUUUAAAUGUGGCUGUGGCAAACAUGACUUCUGAAAGGCAUUUACUCCAAUCAAAUAUAAGGAACAGUUUAAUCUUAAAAUUUCUCCUGUCUCUUCAGCUUCACUGUACUGAAGUAGGACCUUGCUGCCAACAGGAUGUUUAAUUACAAAGAUCUGUACAUACUCAGCUGUAGGGGGUAGGAAGAGAAUGCUGCCUGGCUCAGAUUCAGAGAGUAUCCACAGGUAAAACUCUUCUCAGGCUCACCUCUUUCCCAGGUGGAUAUCUGGGACCUGGGACUUGGCAAUCUUCUGCAGUUUAGACUUUCUGUAGUGAGGCUAAAGCUGGUUGCUGUUGCAAUGUUUGCUUCCCUCUUUGUGUGCCUAAACGUUCUCACUCAUUGUCUUCUGUUGAUGCUGUUGUGUCAGGAACACAGUGUCACCCUGGCACUGCAGAACUGUACACACAGAACUCCCUGUAUGGUACAGACCUCACCUGGACAAACACCUUUUUCACUGAAAGAUGAGGGCAAAGGAGGCUGGUGUCUUCAAGGCAGAAGUAAUUAAAAAUAAAAUAGUAAUUCAUCCUUUUGAGACACA